AUGGGUUCCGUCCUCUCCGUCUUGUCGUGUAUACGACACGUCAUUUUUUCCAACACUUCCGGUACACCGAUGGAAGCCGUGCCAAUUUCUUAUGUGAGAGCGGAAGAUUACUCCAUUUCAGGAUCACUGCGCGACGGAGUGCACGACAAAUGGAAUAAAGCCCUUCACUCCAUGAUCUUUCUCGACUUGAAUACGCGUCGCAUCAUGUGGCCGCUCAUCCAGCGGCGGAUGGAUCGCAUGGAGGCAUCCAUGAAGUAUACCAACUGCAAUUUGGACCACCUCAAGAUGAAAUAUGCGGGUUGGGAUGACCGCAAAAUAUUCCAGAUUCACGAUCUCUUCCAAGCCUUCGAAGUCGAUGGGGAUGGGCUGAUCGAAAUUGCGGAAAUGAGCGUAGGCUUGGACAAUUUGGGCGACAAGACUUCCAUGAAUGACAGGAUACCACAGUUAUGUUCGGGCGAUGAGGAUGGCACGGGGAGCAUCGAUUUCGAAGAGUUUGUCCAGAUUCUUUACCAACAACAAGAAGUUCUACACUCGGAAACCCCACUGUCCAAAACGUUCAUCAAUGUUAACAAUGACGUCAUGUUUAUACGAUGGAUGAGCACGGUUCAGCAGAUAAGGGCAGGAUUCUUUUAA